AUGAAAAGCGCUUUUGUGUUUUUGGCUCUGUUCGUUGCAAAAUGUUUUAUACUGGAGUGCAGUUCUCAGAGCAGAUUAACUAAGGUGUUCGGCAUUUCUUGGAAAAACUGUGGUAAGCAAAGUAAUCCUGUGCAGAUGAAGACACUGAAAUUCUCUCCCGAUCCCAUUUCUAUUCCUGGAAAAUUGACUGCAGAGGCAUCGGUCACCACAUCAGCAGCGUUGACCUCUCCUCUUUCUGUGGAUGUGACACUGAAAAGACGAACGAUUGGUUUUUGGAUUACAAUACCGUGUAGAGGUCAAAUAGGAAGUUGUCGUUAUCCUAAUGUCUGUGACUUGCUCGAUCAACUAAUUUCUCCAGGACAAGACUGUCCUGAGCCUUUGCAUACAUAUGGCCUGCCCUGCCACUGUCCAUUUAUAGCUGCUGACUAUGCAUUUCCACCGUUAGAUUUCAACAUUUCUAAGAUUGAAUUUCCCAGCUUCCUGACCAAUGGCAACUACAAUGUGCAGGGUGUUUUAAAAAGUGCUGACGUAGAGAUGGGUUGCUUCGAAAUCAGCUUUUCUUUACAAUCCUAAAUCUAACACAAACCGAGAUAAAGGUUUCUGUUGUGGGAUUUGGGCUGGUGCUUGAAUAGCCAAAUGAAAAGUUGUGUACCAACCUACGGGAAUUUAUUACUGUAUACAGUACAAAUCAGUUUUAAGUGACAGAAUCCACAGUAAUUAUUUGUUAUACUUAUUUUUAAUCAGAAAUCUUCAUCUCAUUACCUUAUUCAAUUGGGUGAUUUUCAUCAAAUCCAGACUUAAAAGGUGUCCAGCAUCAGCCCUUGAAGCCAUUUCGUUUAAGAUUAAGGUCUGAACUUACUAUAACCAUUAUUUUUAGAGGAUUUUAAAAUAUUUCCUAUAGAAUUAUUUACUUUUUUUAGAUUAUCAUUAUAAAAAAAUAUCAUUAGCUUAAUAUGAUAUUACAUUAAAUAUAUGCAUUUACAAACUCAUGUUUCGGUAAUGAGAACUAAA